AUGGAACUUCUAUCCACAAAGGACAAAUUCAUCUCCAACUACAAAUGUGAUAUUCACAAUAACAUUGUGGGUGUCAUUGGGGGACCUAAUUCUCAAGUUUGUCUCUACAUGACAAACAUCUUAAGCACUUAUAAAAUUCCACAGAUCAGUUACGGCUCUUUUCCAGUAAUAAAUGACAAAACCAAAGAUUUCUUCCACCAGAUGUUUCCAAAUGUGUCCCAUCAUUAUAUGGGCAUUCUUGAAUUACUCCUGCAUUUCAAGUGGACCUGGAUUGGUGUGAUUGCUUCAAAUGGUGACAAUGCAGAUUUUCUUGUAAAGGAUAUACUUCCCAUCUACUCUCAGAAGGGUAUCUGUGUAGACUUCUUAGAAAAAUUACCCCAAAUAUCCUUUUCAAGUCACAUUGCUCAAAAAGCAAUCAAAUGGUUUGAGACUUCACGUAUGGUCACAGGAAGUACUGCCAAUGCUGUUAUUAUACAAGAGAAGAGAGAUGAGAAGAUCUGCACUGGGGAAGAAAAGCUGGAGACACUUCCUGGAACCGUCUUUGACACAAGCAUGUCUGGCCACAGUUACAGUAUCUACAAUGCAGUUUACAUUAUGGCACACGCUUUGCAUGCAGAAAGACCUCUUUCUGUGUGUAAUGAUAACUGUAAUCCUGGUUGUAGCAGGGCCAAACUAGAAGGCAAGCCAUAUUGUUGUUACGAGUGUCUUCCAUGUCCAGAAGGAAGGAUAACAAAUGAUAAAGAUAUGGAUGACUGUUUUUCAUGUCCAGAAGAUCAAUAUCCAAACAAGGAUCAGAAUUCAUGUCUUCCAAAAAUUGUAACCUUCCUAACGUAUGAAGAAUCAUUGGGGAUCAUCUUAGCCAUUUGUUCUCUUACGUCUUCUUUUAUUGUAUUGUUGGUUCUGGGUAUCUUCAUUAAGUACCAAGACACUCCCAUCGUCAAGGCCAACAACCGAAAUCUCACCUACAUCCUUCUCACGUCCCUUCUGCUUUCAUUCCUUUGUGCUUUACUGUUUAUUGGAAAACCUCAUAAAGUGAUAUGUGUCCUCCGACAAAGUACUUUUGGUAUAAUAUUUACUGUAGCUGUAUCAUGCGUGUUGGCAAAAACCACCAUCGUGAUUUUAGCUUUCAUGGCCACCAAGCCAAACUCUACCAUGAGGAAAUGGGUGGGGAAAAGGCUGACCAUUUCCAUUGUUUUUUUCUGCUCCUUCAUUCAAGUAGUUUUUUGUACUGUUUGGCUGUUGACUUCACCCCCAUUCCCUGAUUUCAACAUGCACUUAAGGGCAGAAGAAAUUGUUCUGGAAUGUAAUGAAAACUCCUUUGUCAUGUUCUACUGUGUCUUGGGCUUUAUGGGCCUCCUAGCCCUUGUCAGCUUUACUGUAGCUUUCUUUGCUAGGAAAUUACCAGACACUUUUAAUGAAGCCAAAUUUAUCACCUUCAGCAUGUUGAUUUUCUGCAGUGUUUGGUUCUCCUUUGUUCCUAGUUAUCUGACCAUAGGGGGGAAACAUAUGGUGGCUGUGGAGAUUUUCUCCAUUAUAACAUCCAGUGGGGGGCUCUUGGUAUGCAUCUUUUUCCCUAAAUGCUAUAUCAUCAUACUGAGGCCUGAACUGAAUAACAAGGAGCUACUAAGACAAAGAAAACACUAA